AUGCAGCUCUUUGCCUUUGCUACUUUCAUCUUCUCCGCCCUCGCCAUACCCCUUUCCACCCGGGUCCUGCCCCUCUGCAGUGCCGCCACUCCUCGCGCGUGCGCCUGUCCCUCCGGCACAACCUUUGUAAAUAGCACGACCUGGGCCCGGUAUCCUGCUACCGUCAAAGAUGUAACCGCCAUCACCGGCAACUACUUCGAAACUGCCUGGUUCGGCUCGAGCCCCAUCAAGACAGCGGGCCACCCCUACAUGGUCGGCGCUGACCGUACACUUAUGGGGGAGCUUCCCAACACGGCCGCCUUUCCUGCCACGGAGCGGUUGACCAUGUACAAACAACUCCCCUUCCGUUCCGGCUUUCAGAUCAAGUACGACAUGGUCGACACGCCGUUCCACUAUAAUCAAACCAACGGCGAACAAGGUCAGAUCGCCGGGUAUUGGGAGUACAUGGAGGUCCGCGCGGUCGGUCCGAAUAGGACUCACUGGUUGUGGAAUAUCUACUCCUGCUUUUCGACUCCGUCCGACUUCGAAGCGUUCCACGAGAGCGCCAUGAACAACGUCUCUUCCAUCCUGGAGAGUAGAGGACAAAUGCAUGGCCGCCUGGAUGGACCCCAUAGUUACUAG